UGGCGGGUGAGGAAAACAUUGAGAGAGAGAGAGAGAGAGAGAGAGAGAGAGAGAGAGAGAGAGAGACACACCACGUCAUCUAUUUGCUUCUCUCCACCGUCUUUCCUCCAUUCCCUCCUCUUUUCCUCCUCCUCCAGUGUGCCAACUUUGUGACCCUCGUGGAGCAUGGUCUCGGCAGCAACAACAGCAACAACAACAAGAACAAUGGCAGUAGCAGCAGUAGUGAUGGCAGCGCUGACGAUGGUGGAGGGCAUUGCCGCAGCUGCCACCUCCACCACCACCUCCACCCCCACCCAGCAGCUGCCCCAGUGGAAUGUCGCUGAUUGGGGUCCACAGCCACACAACCCCACAGACUUUACCACCUUCCUGUGGUAUGGUUUCUCCGCCAACAAGAAAAACUUCACACGCCAGGAUUUCAAGCACCUGGUGGACUGUACGACUAACCACCACCACAGCCACCGCCGCCGCCGCCACUGUCCGCCCCUCCUGCAGGAACCCCCUGUGGCCGCCCUCACCAGCUGCGACGCCAACACCGCCCUCACGCCCACUCAGUGUCACAUGCUAAAGGCGUGCUCCGAGGAUGACCUACUCACAGCAUACGGCCUUGAGGGUGGAGGAGGGGCAGGCGGAGGAGGUAGUCUGAGUGUGGAUGACCUCCGCUCCUUGCUGCCUGCCGUGACCUACCUGGGCCAGCGAGGGGACGCAGCCUGCACCACACCUGAGGGCAGUGUUGCCACCUCCACUGCUGACGCUGAUCCUGGUGCCAUCGCUGCCAACACUAAGCCAAGACCGUCAGAGGUGUGGGGCUACGGUAUCCUCUUCGUGACGCUGAUCUCCGGGUGCUCGCUGGCAGGGGUGUCGGUGCUGCCCCUCAUGGCGCACACCUUCUAUCAACAGCUCCUCACACUCCUGGUCGGCCUGGCGGUGGGCUCCCUCGCCGCCUCCUCCCUCUUCCACCUCAUUCCCCAGGCCUUCCGGUUGGCUGAGAAGGACGAGGGCCAUGGCUACCUGCUGGUGUCCCUGUUUGUCCUGCUGGGGGUCUGGGGUUUCUUCAUGGUGGAGCGUAUUAUCAAGAUCAUCGUCACACACACGGCACGGAAGGAAAAAAACAACUUCCCGGGGCGACAGUCGGACCAGGACAUCCUCUACAACAACAUCCAGUCACCCGUUUCACCCCAUCCCCCCAUCAGCCUCUCUGACGGGUAUGGGCGGGGGACAGUGGGGGGCAGGAAGGAGGUGAGCCUGAACGGGGGUGUGGGUGUCGGGGUGGAGCCCAGCACCCCGCAAGACACCUGUGGCCCCGGGGACGUUGGGUUAAUUUAUGCGUCGCAGCAGCAAGCAAUCCGGGCGUCAUUUGGACAUAAUGAGCGCCCCAACCUCAGUUCCACCCACGCCCACUCCCUGGAGUUCCGCCAAGGCCAGGACUCGGUCAUCCGCACGGUGGCGUGGAUGAUCAUCUUCGGCGAUGGAUUCCACAAUUUCAUCGACGGCGUGUCCAUCGGCGCGGCGUUCUCCGAGUCCAUCCUCACGGGCAUCUCCAUCAGUCUGGCGGUGAUGUGCGAGGAGCUGCCGCAUGAGCUGGGCGACUUCGCGGUGCUGCUCAAUGCGGGGAUGACCAUGAGGCAAGCCGUGUCCUACAACUUCCUCUCGGCCACCACCUGCUACUUGGGGCUCUUCCUCGGCAUUCUUCUGGGGGAGUUCACGCAGGACAACACCGCAGUCUUCGCCGUGGCUGCGGGAAUGUUCCUCUACAUCGCCCUGGUGGAUAUGGUCCCGGAGAUGAAUGAGGUGGCGAGCAAGGCAGCCGAGGGGGGUUGGAGAAGCGCCCUGGUCAUCCUGCUCUUCCAGAAUAUCGGGAUCUUCAUCGGAAUUACGUCGCUCUUCUGCCUCGCCUAUUUCCAAGACUCCAUGGUGCUUGCUUAGCCCCUACCCUGCCCUGCUGUAGCCCCUCUGAUACCUCCUCCUCCUCCUCCUCCUCCUCCUUCUCCUUCUUCUUCUUCUUCUUUCCAACCCAUAUCACGGCAUCCUUUUUAUCCCUAUUUUCAUCUUUUUCAUCGAUCUUCUCCUUCCUCUUCUUCUUCCCUGCAGCUCCUAUCACAUCAUCCCUCUUCUUCUUCUUCUUCAUCUUCCCUGCAGGCCUUAAACUAUCAUCCUUUUCCUUGUUAUUCUCUUUUUUAUCCCUCUUCUUCUUCUUCUCCUUCUUCUUCCCUGCAGGCCUUAACCUAUCAU